AUGAGCACGGCUGAGGUUGUGAGACGGCAGCGGAGGCCGGUGACAUACACGGCGCCGCACAGAGAGCACGAUUUGAAGCACGUGGGAGGAGUGAACGCGAUUGAGAUCGAGAACACGAACGUUCUGCACACCGGUGGGAGAGAUGGGACGGUUCGCACGUGGGAUCUGUCAAUGGGGAUGCCGAAGUGCGUCGCCACUCGGGAGGGACACGGCGGCUGGGUGACUGACCUUGCCCUCGUGACGCCGACGCUCUUGGCGAGUGCGUCGAGCGAUCACACGGUGAGGUUGUGGAAAACUGAUCGAACGGCUGAGGAAGCGUCGACGAGCGAGAGUGGGAGCGUCGUGGCGGUACUCCAGGGACACAGCGAUCACGUCAUGGGGUUGGCCAGAGCGUCCGACGAGGGAGUGAACGUCGGCAAGUUUGCCUCCGGUGGGCUUAACAGGGAGAUUUUCUUAUGGGACAUCGAGAGAUGUUGCGCGAUCAACAUCUCACCGUCGUAUCUCAGCGUGAAAAACGACCAGUGCGUCACCCCACUCACCGGGUCGAAGGAGUCAAUUUACGCCCUCGCGAUGGAUGGGACUGGAAACGUCUUGGUGUCGGGCGGCACAGAGCUGGCACUUCGCGUGUGGGACACGCGGAGCGCGCAAAAGCAAGGCAAGCUAAAGGGACACUCCGAUAACGUGCGCGCGAUCGUCGUCGACGGGACAGGGAGGAAGUGCGUGACGGCGUCAAGCGAUAGAACAAUUCGACUCUGGGAUAUUGGUGAGCAGCGCUGCGUGCAAACGUUCGCCGGGAUGCACACUGGAUCAAUCUGGGCGCUCGCGGCGAACAGUGAGUUCUCGCGCGUUUACUCGGGUGGGAGCGAUUCCCGCAUCUGCUCUACAUCCUUGAGAGAUAGGAGGAGUAACCUCAUCGCCGCGGACUCCGCCGCGGUGCUUAAGCUUUGUCUUGACGAGACGCAUAGCAAUAAUCACUCCGACGGCGAUCUCUGGACCGCGACGGCGUCGCGUUCGAUGAAGCGUUGGUCUGCAAACGUUCCGAACGAUGAACACAACAUGAAGUCGACGACGAUGUCCUCCACGGCGAGCUUAUCGCGGCACCCUGGAGUGUGGUUUGAAGUUGGAUCGAGUCCGAGUACUGGACAGUGGCACGGACUAGGGACGCCGAGGAAGAUGGACAACUGGGGAGAUACGACGGCCGCCUCGACGAUGGCGUCAACCACGCAACUCGCACCCACGAUGGAGAUCCAUGGUGCGAGUCCGAUCGUUCGCCACGCGGUGCUGCACAACAAGAGACAGAUUCUUUCACAAGACUCUGUGGGUUCGAUUUCCCUGUGGGAUGUUGCGACUGGACGAAUCGUACAGAAUUUCGACGGUGUCUCCGGAGGUUCCGACUUUGACGAGUUAUUACAAUCCGAGACGUGGAAUCCAAACGUUGGCAUCCCAUCUUGGUUCACUGUCAACGCGAGAAGCGGAUCACUCGAGAUCACGCUCGCGCCGAGCUCGGCGUUUCAGGCAGAGGCAUACGCGACAGAUCUCGGAAUAGCCAACGCCAGCGUCGAGGAACGCAGAAAUCUUGGCGUCGAAAUCAUUCGUCUUCUCAUGGAUGACUGGGCCGAGAAAUUCGGUUGCACGCGAACGCAGCGGCGGGCGUUCAUCGACCCACUCCCGAGCUCGUCGUCCAUACUCUUCUCCCAUCCGAUCAGCGGCAACGGACGGGUGUGCGUCAAGGCAAGCGAUCUCGUGGGUAAUCCCGAGGAGCGAGAAGCAUUACCCAAGUGGUUCGUCGACCAUGCGCUCAAUCAAGCUCCCGAGCCAGAGUCACCGAAGAUUCCAUUCACCCUCGUCCCCGCGAAGAAUGUCCAUCCGAGCGAGUACGAGAUCGACGUCGCGGACGUCACCCCGAGCUCCGUCAUGGGACCGAAGAUUUUAGGCACACAGAAGAUCACCGAUUAUGUCGCUCAUAAUGUGAAGAGGGACGCGAGCGCGAUAGAGCUCGUGUGCGCUGGCGUCGUCAUCACCGGGACCGCGUUCGAGCGCACGCUCGCGGGCAUUCACGCGCAAGUCUGGAAGACGUCCCCCCCGGUCGUGAUCGAGUAUCGCGUGAAGAAACGGUGA